AUGGUAGCAGAGGGAAGCCUAGCGAGGAAUCAAUACCUUCAGCAGAACAGUCCUUACCCAGAUAAUUCAAGUUGUGAAGAAAAUGCGGCUCUCAUCUCAAACUGCGGCUCGGAACGCAACUUUGGUGGUGACAACCGCUUCCAGGAAUGGGGGUUGAAUCAACAAGCCACGGUCGCACAGCCAAGGCAUAACAUUUCUCGACAGCUCAAAAAAAUCUUCUCUAAAGAUCAGCCAGGGAAACUACCAACUUUUCCCGCAGAAACCCCAGGAUGCGACAUUUGUGAUAAUGGCCUAUUGGCAUUCAAGCACCACGGCAAAGUUCUCCUAAAGCCAAGAAACUCUGUGUCCAUCACCUUUUCAAUUGCAGCAAUUCUCCUUGCCAUUCUCGAUGCCCCAGCUUUCGUUGUCUUCGUCAGCAACUUGAUCGCCAUCAUUCCAUUAUCAGUCACCCUCACGUUUGCGACCGAAAAAUUAGCACGCGAUCUGGGUGAGACCGCCGGUGCCCUUCUCAACAUCAGCAUUGGUAAUCUAGCCGAGUUGAUUAUAUUUAUUACGGCGUUGAUGAAAAACAACAUUAGAGUUGUUCAAGCUUCGCUUCUUGGCUCAGUUCUGGUCAACUUGCUUCUCGUCCUGGGCUCUGCAAUCAUUGCAGGAGGAGUGAUUUCCCCUGAUCAAAUCUACAACAGCGAUGUGACACAAUCGUACGUAGGAUUGCUGAAUCUUACAGUGUCAUGUUUAAUGAUUCCGAGCGCUUUCUACGGGAGCGUGAAAAACGUCCAGUCAGCAGACCAUAUGGCACUGGCCUUCAGUAGGGGGGUAUCCGUCAUUCUGUUAGCGAUCUAUUUUCUCUAUCUCUUCUUCCAGUUCAAGUCCCACCCACAUCUUUUUCGCUCCCGUGCGCCAGGGUUCCAAUUCGAAGAAGCAAACAAUGAUCAGAGAAUGUAUGCGGCUCCAUCAGAGCAACGUUAUUCAGAUGUUGAAUCACAACGGGUGUUGCCCGAGAUCACAUCCAGGAGGACAUCCUUCGAGAGAGCUUUUGAGCCCGUUUCGUCUCCUCCGUCGCCCACAAGUCCAUCCACAGCUUCUCCUGAUAUCCAUGUUGAUUCCGGCUUACCCAUGAUCCAAAUUGACUCCAUUGAGAGAAGUAUGUCUCACUCAGCUACAUGGAAGCAUGACCGAGGAAAUGAAAUCGCCAAAGACCAGGACUCCCACCACUGCAGAAACAUGGUCCUAGCGAAUCGAAUUAUUUCAUUAGCGCUUUUGAUCAGUUCCACGGCUCUCAUCGCCAUCUGCGCCGAAUAUUUUGCGUCCAGCUUUGCCAUUCUGAAUGAGAAGGGCGUCCUCGGCGAGUCCUUUGUUGGCUUGAUCGUCAUUCCCAUCGCAGGGAACGUGGCUGAGAAUGUAACGGCUAUAGUGGUCGCAGCGAAGGAUCAGAUGGAUCUUGCAAUCAGUGUUGCGCUUGGCUCGGCCAUUCAGAUUGGGUUGCUGGUCGCCCCUAUGAUUGUACUGGCUGGCUGGGUCCUGGGCAAGCCGAUGAGUCUGCAUUUUGAUUACUUUGGAAUGGUGACGCUUGUCGGCUCCGUCCUUCUCGUCAGUUUCAUUAUCCUCAAGGGCAAGACCAAUUAUUUGGAGGGCGCCAUCUUGUGUGCCUGCUUUGCGGCGAUAUCGUAUGUCUUCCACAUCCGCGGUCCUCAUGAAUCUCACGAUUCUUCAUCUCGAACCGAACAGCUAACGUAUCUGGUGCAGUGUUGGAGCAUUUCUGUUGCCAAUACUUUGAUUGACGUAACGAAGGAGCUUGUCAUCUCUUGGCCGUGUGCUGGAUUCACACGAUACUGCAUAUUCUCUACCGCUUUCUGA